UAAAGACACAAAACCACUCCUCACAUCAGCACACGGCAGUACAAUGAGCGGUUCUUCUAUCCCCAAAGCCAUCGGCCAAGGCUACCUUAAAGUGAUCUCAGCCUUCAUCGCUGGAGCGAGCAAAAUCAACAGGGGGCUGGGGACUGCUGCUGCCAUCAUAUGCUGCCCAUGCACUUGCGGAACAUCCUUGAUCAUAGCCGCUGACGAGUAGGGGAGCGGGGUUCCCUUUUAAUGGGCUGAACGAGAGCGACCCGUGAUGGCGCACUCACUUUACGACCUUCUACACUCAUUCCCCAUGCUAUAAUGCUGUAGAGCAUCCGUACCAGCGACCCGCGGAUGAGCAAUAAAUAUUGUACUUGGGUUGGCUUAU